UCGGGUUGGUAGAGGCUCCUCUGGGGCACGAGCCCUGCGAGCUCUGCGCUUGGGCUUCGUGGAGUCCCACUGAGGAGAUGGCUACCAGGUCAAGCCUGACGGCUCCGUGGAAGGGGAUGACAGCCUUUCAAGGCAGAGGAAAUGUGUCCUUUCUAGAUAUGUCUCUAGAUGACAUUAUACUCCUUAAAAACUCAGGAGAUGGCAGCACUGAAGAAAAAAAGGGCAAGUUUGAGGAUGAUAUGAAAAAGCCAGGAACUUCAGGAGAACAAUCGGAUGCUCAUGAGCAUCCCUGGCAGAGAGGACAUGCAAAACACUCUAAGGAAAGAAGUGAUAAUGAUAGCGAAUCCAAAUCCGGCCAAGAAGAUUCUGUAUCCAAAUCUGGACAAAGCCCUUUAAACCAGCAGCCUUUACAAAAGCAGGAGAAAUGCAACGAUGAUUAUAAGGCUCAAUUGGAGGAAAAAGAGCAACAGUCGGAAGGAAAUCGAGACAACUUAGAGAGAUCUCAUGAUCAACCCAAGAGAUUUCAUGGGCAAUCAGAGAGAUCGCAUGGCCCCUCAGGGAGAUCUCAUGGCCACUCAGAGAAAUCUCAUGGCCACUCGGAGAGAUCUCAUGGCCACUCAGAGAGAUCUCAUGGCCGCCCGGAGAGAUCUCAUGGCCGCUCAGAGAAAUCUCAUGGCCACUCAGAGAGAUUUCAUGGCCACUCAGGGAGAUCUCAUGGCCACUCAGGGAGAUCUUAUGGUCAAUCAGAGAGAUCUCAUUGCCAGUCAGAGAGAUAUGGAAGAUACUUUCCAGGAAGAAGAUUCAAAACAUCAUUCAAAAGUGAUUCUCAAUUUGACGGGCAUUUUACAAUAAAAAAAGGAAAUGACUUCUUUUACAAAAGGAUGCCUCAAAGAAAUGAUCCAAUGGAUAUGAAUCGAGAGAUAACACUGGAAGAUGAGUAUAACUCCUAUGAAACCAAAAGAAGUUAUACAAGAUAUGUGAGCCAUGGAGAGAAAAUCUUGUUUCUAAAGAAUAGAAAUGUUGGGGAGGAUUCUCUGUACCAGCCCAAAGGAGUAUACUUGAAAUUCAACUAUCAAGCACUGGGAAAUAAGACUAAGCUUUCGCUCAACGACAGAUUCUCUAAACUGGAAGCUAUGAGAAAACCAAGAGUUUUCCUCAACAACUGAAGACCAGAAUGUUCUUUCCUAGUGAAUUAUGUUCAAGAGCAUAUGCUUGUUCUUUCAAUAGUUACUCUCUUACUGUUCUUGUUAAAGUAUUUUUCUCUAUGUAAGUUUUAAUGUAAUCUGCCAAAAUUAAGCAAUUAAAUAAAUGUUUAGCUUUGUUUGCAUAAAAUAAUAGGAAAGAAAGCAACAAUGGAAAUGAUUUCAAAUGACAGAUGUUAGGAAAAUAGCUUUUUCAAAACUAAAUGUCUUUUCAAUGUUAGAGAAUUUGUUUCUUUGAUUUUAUUGGCCUAAAACCUGCAUGACUCCUAAGAAGCCUCCAUUUUAUCAGUAUAACAAAGUAGUUGAUAAGUAUCUUUUAUCUAUGCCACAAGUCAGUCUGUAACUUUGACUUCUAAUCUUUGGCUAUUAAAAUUUUACAUUUGUGUGCUAGCUUUUACAUUUU